AUGAGUAGCAGCUGGCUUCAGGCGCUCACUGAAAUUCCAAAAGAUCCGACAAUCCAAAAACUGAUUCGAACAUGUUAUAAAUUAUCGCUUGUUCAAAAUAUACAAUACUUCUUCGAAAACGUUGAAAGGAUAGCUGCCAGCGAUUACGUUCCAACAGAAAUGGAUAUCUUAAGUUCUUAUGCCCCAACGAUUGGUAUCGAUCAAGUUCGCUAUAGCACUUCAUUCGCUUCAAUUAGCAUUCUGGACAUUGGUGGGAGCGAACAUUCUCGACGCAAGUGGAAGAAAUUUUACGACGCUAUCAACGUUCUUAUUUAUAUUGUUGAUUUAACAGCAUUUUGCAAAUUGCGAAAGGAACGCCUAUCGGUAAGCAUGGGUUUGUGUAAAAAGGACUAA